UGUCUGGUGAUGUUAAACGUAAGCGACAGAGAAUAACAACGUGUUUCGUGCGAGUUGAUUAUUUAUCAGUUGUUGGUAGCUGUUUCUCAUUUUCACAUUUUAAGCAAAUCUCUGAGCACUUCAGUUGAUCUAAGAUGAGUGUGUUGAUGCCUCAGAAACGAUAUUACAGACAGCGAGCCCACUCGAAUCCAAUGGCAGACCACACGUUUGAAUACCCUGUCUGUCCUGAGGAUAUGGACUGGUCCCAACUUUACCCAGAGUUCUACGUUGACCAGACAUUAGCCAAAGGGCCUGUACAAGUGGAGUUUGCAGACAUCGGCUGUGGAUAUGGGGGACUUCUCGUGGAGUUAUCCCCACUGUUCCCCAACCAACUUAUCCUUGGCCUAGAGAUCCGUGUCAAAGUGUCUGAUUACGUCCAGGACCGUAUCCGCUCCUUACGAGCUGCCGAGACGGGCGGUUACCAGAACAUCGCCUGCUUACGAAGCAAUGCCAUGAAGUACCUGCCAAAUUUCUUCUCCAAGGGACAGGGUUUGGUGUACACCAACACAGAUGUGGAGGAGGUGCAUCUAUGGAUGGUGAAACACUUUAGUGAGCAUCCACUGUUCACACAAGUCCCUGAUGCAGAACUGGUUGAUGAUAUCAUCAUCAAUCGCCUGGGCACCUGCACAGAAGAGGGGAAGAAGGUACAGAGGACCGGAGGGAAGAACUACCUGGCAGUUUUCCGACGGGUGGAAGACCAAAAUUAAAACCCUGCUGUUUCAGACAUAUCCGUGGCAUGAAGUCAAAGGAAAGUUUUGCUUGCUGAUAGGAGCACCAGCUAUUCCUAUGCAAGUCCACAGAAAUGGAUGACCAAAAUAUCUGUUAUGUUUGUUAUGGGAUGGAGACUGGCCUGUUGGUCUUAAAAUUAGGUAUUACCUGAUUGGUGGACAGGAACAUGAAUCGGUGUUUGCUGGUCCACGUUUAACUGGCCAAACUGAAACAUCCAUGAGGAUUUUGUGAUGAGAUGCCCCAUGUGGAAUUAUCAUGAUAAACUGUUUUAAGUAUAGUUUCUUUACACUUACAAGAUCAAACAAUUAUUAUUUAGUCUACACCUGUUGCUAGUUUAACUGCAGUUGGAGAGGUUUUUGCCAUUAAAGUUUGUAUUGAUUAAUUAUACUUUCGUGACAGCAUGAGUAAAUCUAUAUCUACCGCCACUUAUGUAUUCACUUUUUUUAAUUGUGGGAUGUAGUCACUUUAUCCAAACAUCUGCCAAAUCUUGACUGAUAUUUUUGGUGUUUGAUUAAACCUAAAAAACGUUUUACAUUUUGGUUGGAAAAUUUGAAAAAUGCUUAUUUUGGAUGCAGCUUUUAUUUUGCUAGUUAAAUUCUGUGUUUUUAUAAUGUAUAAUGCCAUUGAUAUCAUAUAAUCGAUUA